AUGCCACAUUUCCCUUCCGCUGGCCAAGCAAACGAUGCGCAAGAAAGCGAAGUAGCGCACACUUUACGCAUCCGUGUCAAGACUCGAAGGCGCAGAUAUCUGGAACAGAAUGGCGACUACUUUGAUUCGCCCAGCCUCGAGCUUGCAGAUCCUCUAUUAUACGAUCGCAUGAUAAGGCGCUUCCAAAGCGCGGCCGAACGAGAAGCCGAUGGACGCGAGAAGGGAUAUUCGGGCAUGUUGGAAGCUGAUCUCAUGCGCUCCGAGGCCAAGAUCGAAGCGUUAAACCAUCCAGACCCCAACAGUCCCCUGAUAUAUCGACGAGAUGCAUCAGGCGCCAUCACGGCUGUGGAACAAGAUGAGGAAGAUAGACCAAAGACAAAAGAGGAAGGGCUGUCAAAGUGGCGCGAAUACGUCGAGAUGCGCUUCCUUCGUGGCGAAGACCAAGACUUCGACUACAAGGUUGUCGACGAAGACGAACGCUAUGACGACUUGGACUGGGACAGAAGAGAAAGAGAAGAGAACUACUUCGAGCAAGAAGAAGCCGAGUUUGUAGGCGAAGGCGAGAAGAAAGGGGAGACGGGAGUUCAAGACUACUAG